AUACAUACAUGGACUAUUAUUAAGCUCUGAAAAGAAAUGGAUUGCUGAUAUAUGCUACAACAUGGAUAAAUCUCCAAAAUACUAUGCUAAGUGAAAGAAGCGAAAUACAAAAGGUCACAUUUUAUAUGAAAUAUCCAGACUAGAUAAAUCCAUAGACAUAGAAUACAAGUUGGUGGUUUGUCGAGGGCUAUGAAGAUGGAGGAAUAGGGAGAAACUGCUUAACAGAUAGGGGUUUUACUUUGAAGUCAUAGAAAUGUUUUGGAACUAGGUAGAGGUAUGGUUGUAUAACAUUGUGAAUGUACUUAAUGCCACCGAAUUGUUCACUUUAAAAUUUUAUAGCAAAUAUUCUUUUAGAAAGUUACUUUUAUGUUAUAUGAAAUUCACCUCAAUGUUAUUUAUUUAAAAAGAUGUUACUCCUGUGGCCUGUAACAUACAAAAAUGUAAGAAAAAAAAAUACAAAUGAUUGCUUAGCCAUCUCAGAAACCCAUAUAAACAGAGUCUAUCUCUAUUCACAGUAAACUAAGGAAGAGAGAGCUCUUAUUAAAAUCCUGGUUUCUUCCUGUUUUAACAGAAUAAUUUUUAAAGGUAAAAUUUUGACUAUCAUACAAAUAUAAAAUGAACACACAUCUAAGGUUUUAUUUAACUCAUUAAUUAAAGACAGAAUGAGUAAGAUUAAAAACUGGUUCAAGUGGCAGCCAGAAAUACUGCAAUGUAUUUGUUAAUAGAUGCAAAUCUAGCUUCUUGUGUUUGAGGAGGGGAAGUGAUCAACUGUACCUCCACGAGAAAAAAGUUGUUUGCUUUUUUGUAGACAAGAAUAAUUAGCAUUACGCUCACGCUCAGUUUUCUAAAAACCUACAGAAUUUAAAAUAGUUCUGAGAUGAUGAAAGGUCUCAGAACUACUACAGAAUCAGACAAACUCUAAAGGAUAACCAGUAAUUUUUUUUUUUUUCAAAUUUCCCAAUUAUUUUCUGACAUUCCUCUGGCACUCAAGGUAAUUCGUUACUUUGGCAAAUGGCUUCUCUUCCUUGGACUUCAGAUCCUGUCUGUUAAAAAAAAAAAAAUGUUAAGGAGGAGUUGGCUUGGAUAACAUGAUCUUUGACAGCCUGGUAAUACCCAGCUUCCAAGGGCCAGAUGCUGAGUCACAGAAUCCUGCAGGUAACAGAGCCCUUUAAGCCAUCAGGACUCAUGAUCACAGCACAUAAAUUACUUCUCUUCUCAUCGGACAUGCCAUCCCUUGAUAUUUCUAAUGGAUCAUUCCAGAACAAUUUGCCUUUUUGCACUUCUGGAAAUAAGAUUAUACUGAAUUCUCCCAGCUGCUGUCAUGACCAAAAAGCAUCAUUUCGUGUUUAAACAAUCCAGAGAGAACAAUAGUUUGGAGCUAGGAAACAAAACAAAAUAAAAUAGAUGGCCAACGUUAGAUAUUUUUCUAAAACCAGCUGAAUUGAAUGACUGUUAAAAUGUUUAUGCCAUGUAUGUGGGGUUGCGAUCAAAUGUACCUAGUUUGCUGUACGGCAGUAUCCCGUAUGACUUACUUGGGGAUUUCUACUUAGGGAAAACUAGGAUUACUAAGGAUUGCAUUUCGAUACACUUCGUUUACUGUAGAUGUACUCUGACAUUUAUGCUUCUUCCUUUUGUUAGCUCUUCCACUGCACUCUCCAGCUGCCCAGUACUGGGUGCACAGUAGGUCAGUCAAAUCUUGCUGUUCAAUCAUAUGUUAUUCUAUGUUUGUCACAUGAAUUUUCAGGUUAUUCGGGAUAUAACAGGACAUUUCUCUACUCAUGGAACCAAAAUUCUUUUUACUUCAUUUUAAAUGUAUUGAUCAGUCCAGCACAAUCAAAACCACAUCCAGCAACAGUGUGUAAAACAGAAAUCUUAAGCUUCCAAGAAAAAAUGUGCUAUUCCACACCCCUCUUCAUAAAGAUCUACAACUCCACACAGAUCCCCCACCAAAGCCAAUGCUGAGAUUAAUAGAUUUCUGAAAUCAGUAAAAUUAUAAUGCUGACCCAAACAACUGUGAGCUAUCUCCUGUCUUCUGGGUUGAGAGGAAAGGCAGCUUGAAUUUCCUUCAAAUGCCAAUACCAAAAUUCUUUACAUUCCAGCUAAAAAUGCUUUGCUCACUAUGAGACUUUGGCUUCUGCCCUGCCUUUUUAUCCCCUCAUUCCCAUUCAGAUUUUAUGUAUAAUUACUAGUGGUUGACUGAGGUCACAUAUUUUUUGUCCUUCUCUUGGGAGGAUGCUCACUCCCCAAGUACUUAAUUGAAAGCGGGGGCUGCACCAAAUAGUGGAAUAGGGAGACCCUUCCCCAUCCUCCCAGUUGAUACCCUAGCCUCUUUGCAUGCAGCUGUCAUUCCAGUUUAUGCUCCUCCUUGCAGAUGGCAGGACUGUGUCUCAAACAAACCCAGCCUCGAGGGGUUCUUUCCGAGGGGACAACAGGAGCAGAAAAGCAGACCGACGACGUGGAGGCUGUAACCAGGAAAUAUAUUUUAAAUUGUGCCUCUGGGAUUGUGCUUGGAAAAUGCUACAGAAAUGUCAGAGAUAAAGAAGAAAACCACUAAAGUUUCUCUGACUAUCAGUUCCCCAGUUAAUGAAACCACCAACAUCAGAUCAAGUUAUUCUACCUUAGUUCAACCAUUGUGUAUUGACCCCCAGAGGAUGCAGAGUCCCUGCAGCAGCCUGUCAGGAUCCACUUGUGUUGUAGCUCCUGAGUUUACCAAGCAUCUUCAAGACAUCUCUACAACCAGAGGUCAGUUUGUCAUCUUUGAAUGCCGAGUCCAGGCCACAGCUGCAGUUCAAGUUCACUGGUACAGAGACACAGAACAGAUCGCAGACUCAGAUGACUUCCGGAUUCUGAGGAAAAAAGCUUGUUUAUCAUCCAUUCCCGAGGAAGUCUGCACCUUGAUUAUCACGGAAGCAUUUCCUGAGGACUCUGGGGAAUUCAAGUGCAUUGCAGAAAACGAGGCUGGGACUGCAAUCUCAGCAGCAAGACUCUUUGUCUCCCCAGGAAAAGAAGUGGAAAAAUCAGAAAAUUCUCCAAAGUUACCCAUGAGGAAGUGUUCUCCAAAAACGGCCGCCUCUCCCUGGAGCAGUGAGAGCUACACAAAGGACAAAAACCCAGACCAUAUCCCAAUACACCUUAGGCAAACUAGUCCUGAACUGGCCAGUCACACCGAACAAGAGAUCCAGGUUCCAGAAGAGGACUGCUGCACCUUCAGCGAACAUUCCUCUGAGCCACAAUCACAACGGAUCAGUAUAUCUCCAAUAACAGCUUGUGACUGUGAUUUCUCAGUUGGUCUCCCAAAACUCAUUUGGCUUCUGGGGUUUCUAGUUGCCUAGGCAGCAGCUAACCCUACAAAUAAAGAUUCCUCAAGAGGUCAAGAAAGAAUGGGUGUGUGGGACAAUAGAUAAGACUGCAAUUCAUUCAACAAACAUUUAUUCAGAACAUUCUAUGUAUUUGUCAGUUUCUGUGCUAGACUUGCCAUGGGAAAAUGGCCAGUAAUGAUACCUAUAACUUUUCUCCAUGAAUACCUGUGUUUAGCAGCGAGCCCUUAAGACUUAAGAAAACCUUGAAUUUAUAGUACAGUACCUUUCAAAGAAGAUUUCCAUCUGGUCAUCAUAAAAUCACCUGUCAGGAAAAUUAUUGGGUAAAAGUUCUAUGAAAGUCAGUAAGUUUUUACUGAACAUCUAUUAUGGGCUACAUUGUCUGAGGCAAGAUGAAUUAAGUAAUAAACAGUCCCUCCCUCAGAAAAUAUGUAACCUAGCUGAAGAGAUAUAUUGUACCACAUAACAGUCCAUUGUAUGAUUUCCUGUUUCAUUUGAGUCUCUUAGCUACCCUUUGAUUUAGGUUAGUAAAACAGAUAUUUUUCAGUUAAUUAUUACAGCUCAGAGAGUUUAAGCAACUUGUCUAAGAUUACACAGCAUGUAUGUGAUAGAGUGGACACUCACACUGUCUCCAAAAUAGAUAAUAAAAGGUUAAUGUGUCUAGAAAUUGUAGUAAAUUAACCAAAUUAAAUUGUCAUUUUUACUGUUUGACUCCAAACCCCGUGGAGUAUCCAUUAUUAUUUCUUUCUUGAGAA